AUGACACUACCAUCCGAACGAACCGGAAUCAUUACAAUCGAUGAAUUUGCUCAUGCAUGUAGUAUGGGUCAAAUAUUACCUAUAUUGAUAAAAAAUUCAGCUGUCAUAACAACACUUAGUCAAUCAAAUAUUCAAUCAUUUCAAAUAAUAUAUCAACAAUCAAGAUUAAUACCAGAUCGUGAAACUGCAUUAAAAUGUUUACGAUCACUUUAUUAUCGUAUGGAAAAUAAAUUAGAAACAAAUCAAAAUCAAAAUCAAAAUAAUAAUAAUUUUGGUUUUAUUCUUCCAGCACAAUAUCUACAUAUUGUAUCAAUAUUGUUAAAUGAUCAUCAUCAUCAUCAUCAUCAUAAAGAUAAUCGAUUAUUACAUAUUGCACCAGAUACAAUUGGAUCAUCAUUUUAUUCGAUAAUAACAGCCAUACCAGUUCGUAAAUCAUUUCCAUUUCGGAAAACAUUUGGAAAAUUUGUUUCGAUACUAGUUUCAUCGGGCAUAAUAACCAAUUGGAAAAAUAUCGAAUAUUCACAAAUACGAAAAUCAUUCAAUCGUUACGUUCAUUCAUCGAUAAUAAACGACGAUAAUCCUCAUCAUGAUCAUCAUCAUCAUCAUAAUAAUAAAAUAAUGAUGAUGAUCGAUCUAACAUUUCAAAUUGUUUCCAUUUCUGUUAGUCGUCAUUUGUACAGUAUUUUCUAUUUUUAUCUUUUAAUGAUAUCAUUAUCGUUUAUUAUAUUUAUUGUUGAAAUAUUGCAAUUCAUAGCUAUCAAUAAUCGAUUGUUUCGAUAG